CAAUUUUUCAGUUCUCAGUAAUGGCGCUCAUCAAGCUUACUCUCGCUGUACUUCUUCUGGCUCUCGGAGCCGAAGCCCGCAAAAUCACUAUCUACAACAAGUGCCCAUUCACCAUCUGGCCAGGAAUUCUCGGCCCCGGAAAUCCAUCUGGAGGUGGUUUCAAGCUCAAUGCUGGACAAUCUAGAGAUAUCAAUGUCGAUGAUGCAUGGACUGCCGGAAGAGUUUGGGCAAGAACUGGAUGUGAUGGAAACUUCAACUGUGAGACCGGAUUCUGCAGAAACUCGGAGCAAUGUAACGGAGCUGGAGGAGUUCCACCAGCAUCCCUUGCUGAAUUCACAUUGAAGGCUUGGGGAGGACAAGAUUUCUAUGAUGUAUCCCUUGUCGACGGAUACAAUCUUCCAGUUCUGAUUGACCCACAUGGUGGAUCUGGAUGCAAGCGUGCAGGUGGAUGUGUCAAGGAUAUCAAUGCUGAGUGCCCAGCUGCUCUUUCCGUUAAGGGACACAACGGGAAGACUGUCGCCUGCAAAUCUGGAUGCCUCGGAUACAACACAGAUCAAGAAUGCUGCCGUGGAGCCUACGGAACUCCAGACAAGUGCCAUCGCUCUGCAACUGCUCAGAUGUUCAAGGAUGCCUGUCCAACUGCUUACUCUUAUGCCUACGACGAUGGAUCUUCCACCUUCACCUGCCAGCCAAGUGCUUCCUACACUGUUCAAUUCUGUUAAAUCAACAUUUAUUGGUUUUGAAUAUCUAAAUAAAAAUGUAUAU